CAGCUUUUCCGAAAAAGCAUAGUGUUGCUGCGAAAGUGCAUGCAAGCUCAAAAGAGUCAGAUAUGGAGUUAUUAGUUGGCAGCAAAACAUUCAUGGAACCCAAGCCCGCCAUAGCUGAAUCAGCUUUAUUAUCCGUUCUGGAGAAGUUCUUUGAUGUGAUUUUCAACCUUCCUAUGGUGAACAGGAGGCUCUCGGAUGUGCUAAGCUUAUUAUCAUCAGGACAACCAAGCUGUCCACAGUUGUAUAUAUAUAGCUCUGCAGAUGAAGUCAUUCCUGCAGGGUCUGUGGAAUCAUUUAUAGCGAAGCAGCGAAGGGCUGGGCAUGAGGUUAGGGCCUGCAACUUUGUGUUCACACCUCAUGUUGAUCGUUUCAGAAAUGAUCCAAAACUGUAUGCUACUCAGCUCAGCCAGUUCUUAGAUGACUAUGUGCUUGCUAAUUGCAAGCAUUCUUAACCGAAACCAUGGAGGCAAUUAUUUUAGCCCAGCUUAUUUUUCUCCAUGAAUCACAUUAUACAGCUCAUAGAAUUAAUUCAUUUUUAUUCAAUAGAUAUCAAAUACAGCCGGAAAAUAGUUACUUUCAUUUUUUCAUUUGUACUUGUUCUUUACAUACAAUCAAAGUUAUACAAACUGUUAAAAAAGGUUAUUCAAUACUAAAUACAAGUUUGCUUUCUGGUUUUGGUCUGAA